AUGUCUGACAACAGGUCUACAGACAGCCCAACUGGGGCGUCCCAAGGUCAGGUCCCACUCCCUGCAGAUGUCGCAGUAGAGAGCAGCACUGAACAGCAGGUUGUAGAUCAGGCCUCUUCCAAGACAGCCACUUCCGAGGAUAAGUCAAUAUCUGGGGACAAAAACAAGGAUGGAAUUGUUCUGGGCAACAGCAAGGAGGCACCUGAAGAGAUCACAGUUCUGCCUCCUGGCCCAGGCCCAGGCACCCUGCAAAUGUCCACGAGCCUCCAGAACCCAGAGUGGGACAGGCUGGCUCAACAUGCAAUGGCAAAUCAGAGUCUGGUGGUUUUCCCAAGUCACUUCCUGGAUAAGAAAGAGACUCCACAAACUGUGAGCAUUCCCAACAGAGAGCCGGAAUUAGAGCCAUCUGCCCCAAGAGCUGAGGUACAGUCCAUCCAAAAUGUGGAGGUUCAGCCCACCAUGAGCGAUGCUGACCAGUCCACUGUAGACACCAAUAGUCAGCUUGAUCCUCAGGCCACCAGAGUCACUGAGGCAGCUGAGGAUCUGAAGGCCUUGAACCCUGACACUGAAAUUUUGCUGUACGAUGUGUCCCAGAUGGUGACAGGGGAGCAUAUGGCACACAGCUCGAAAGACCUGCAGGCUCGGUCCUUCCCUCCUUCCCCAAGAGGCAGCACUCCCCCCUCACCUGGACCCCAGGAGGUGGGACUAGGCAGGAGGCCCCUGGACAUCAGCCUGUACAUGGCCAAUGAGGAAAACAGCUACAUGCGCUCCAUGACCAGCCUGCUGGGCGGGGGCGAGGGCACCAUCAGCUCCCUGGCAGACAUUCUGGUAUGGUCUGAGAGCACCAUGGGCAUGGGCAUGGCCCUGGGCUUCCUGGCCUCUGACAACAGCUCUGUGGCAGACGUGCUGCACAGUCCGGGGCCCAGCCUGCGCUCAGUCUCCAGCAUCCUGGGGAAUGUCAGCUCGGCCUUCUCUUCUGGCCUGGCAUCAAGUACCAGCUCAGCCCUACACUCCGUCACCCACAUGCUGGAGGCGAUGGAACGGAGGACUGUGGAUGGCAUCCGCUCGGCCGUGCGCUACCUUACCAGUCACCUCACCCCACACCGGGCUCAUGCUGGCCCAAACUGA